AAAAUGGGAAAAAGCAAUCUUCUCAGAAAGUUUUUUAUUCUCAUGUGGAAAACAGUUUUGGGAAAGAAACGGCAUUGGAUAGGUACUCUGCUGGAAAUAAUUAUUCCUGCAGUCUUAUUUUGUGCCCUAGUAGCGCUUAGAACUGAGGGUGGUGCUGCAUUUGAACCUGAACCCCACAACGCCAGUAUAGAAGCUACAGUUUUUCUUCCUCUUCAAUACUGCUUAGGAUUCCAGGGAAACCAGCUUGGGUUGAACUCUAGGAACUCGUCUAUGUACCAGCUCCUCUAUUACCCAGAGAAUGAGGAGACUAAAACCUUGAUGACAAAUCUGGAGCUGAGAUUGAAUAUAACUCUAAACCCGUUGUGUUCCUCUUACUCUGGGGGAAUCUUCAAUAUCACAAAAUCUACAUUCUCUGUUCGGCCUGUAAGUAGCAUAGAUGAAAUUGAGACGGUAACAGCUGCCUCAUCAGUCACUGGAGACUCUGACACUCCUAUCAUCUAUGGCGGAAUCAUCUUUGAGUCUGGACCUGACGAUACCAACCUGAAAUACACAAUAAGGCUAGCACAGGAGUUCACCCAACAAAGAACAGAUUUAUUGUACUAUCCUUAUACAUCAGAUGGACCUCAGGCACAAAAUGGAGAUCAAUAUAAUUUCCAAAGCUCUCUUCAGGCAAUUAUUGAUCUAUCUUUCAUGGAGAUUAAAACAGGAGAAAAGCUUCUGUUUAGCAGUGAUCUUAGGGAUAAAAAUCCUCUCCAGAUAAUCUUAAGUAUUACGGAAGAGCUUCAAAACAUAAAAGUGUUGACUGGCCUACAGCAGAUGGCCUACCCUGCAUAUGUGAAAAAUGAUUUGGCUCUCAUCCUCAACUUUAUGCUACCACUCUUCCUUAUUCUCUCCUUUGCAUUUAUUGUGCCUCCAGUUCUGAAAAGAAUUGUUUACGAAAAGGAAACUGGAGUCAAGGAGUUAAUGAAGAUGAUGGGUCUGCCCAGCUGGUUACAUUGGAUAGCUUGGUAUAUUAACAGUGCCAUGACAUCAGCCAUAUCCAUACUCAUCAUAGUUGCUCUUGUCUCUGUGUCUUUUAAAGAAGGUACCGGACCUGUUUUGGAAUUCUCCAACCCUGUGUGCACAUUUUUCUUCUUGUUCUUCUAUGCCUCUGCAUUAGUAACUCAACUCUUUGCUCUCUCUACGCUCUUCAACCGACCAAAUUUGGCCUUAGGCCUUGGAGUUCUGUUCCAUGUGUUGACCUACUUCAUUCCCAGUAACCUGAUUAAUCAGACCGAUGAUGGAUAUCUCAGUAUACCCAUGGAGUCCAAGAUGCUGAUGGGCCUUCUUCCUAAUAUCAACCUCGUCUGGGGGGUUAAGGUUUUGAUUGAGCUAGAAGGUCGUGGUGUUGGAGUUCAAUGGGAUACUCUCUUUGUAAGAACUAAUCCUAGUGACCCUCUCUGUAUGGGCUGGGUAUGGGGUAUGUUCAUUAUUGAUAUGGCUGUCUAUGCUUUAUUGAUUUGGUAUCUCGACAACAUCAGACCAGGAAACUAUGGAGUUGCCCAGCCCUGGUAUUUUCCAUUCCUACCAUCAACAUGGAUCUCAAGUACUCCGUCCACAAUAGUUCCUGAUGAUUUAGAGGCUAAGGAUCUGUCAAUGUUUGAAGCAGAACCUAAUGUAGAGGCAGGAAUAAGAGUUCGUGGAUUAAGAAAGGAGUUUCCAAAGUUUCGAGGAGACGGUGUUCUAGCAGUUGAUCAGGUCUCGUUCUCAGCUUACCAUGGAGAGAUAACAACACUUCUUGGACACAAUGGGGCUGGAAAGACAACAACUAUGUCAGUUCUUACUGGGCUGUAUUCUCCAACUGCGGGCCGAGCCACCAUCAACGGAUUUGAUAUCUCUACCAACAUGAGUCAAGUCAGGGAAAGCCUCGGCCUCUGUCCUCAACACAAUAUGCUCUUCGAGGAUCUCACUGUUAGGGAACAUUUUGUAUUCUUUGGUAUGCUCAAAGGACUUUCCAAGGGGAAAGCAGAAGUUGAGUCCACUAAAUAUAUAGAGAUGUUGAACCUGAUACCAAAAAGGAAUGUGAUAGUAACCAAUUUGUCCGGAGGAAUGAAGAGAAAAGUCAAUCUAGGGAUUGCACUUAUUGGUGAUAGUAAGGUUGUUAUGUUAGAUGAACCAACCUCCGGUAUGGAUCCAGAAGCUAGGCGAGGGAUGUGGGAUCUUCUGCUUUCUCUUAAAAAAACUAGAACAAUAUUGCUGACCACUCAUUUUAUGGAAGAAGCUGAUGUUCUAGGGGAUAGGAUUGCCAUUAUGGCAAGAGGGAAGGUUCAAUGCUGUGGAACUCCUUUCUUCCUAAAGCGAAGGUUUGGUAGUGGAUACUCACUUAAUGUUGCGAAACUAAAGAACAGGGAUUCCCAGGCUAUUAAUAAAGUGGUUGACACACAUGUUGAAGGAACUUCUGUUUUAUCCGAAAGUGAAGAGGUGCUGACCAUCGCAAUACCUUCAGAACAAAGCUCAAAAUUCCCUGAUAUGUUUGAGGAGUUAGAGAAAAAAUCAAAUUCACUUGGAAUAGAACAUUUGGGAAUCAGUUUAACAACAAUGGAGGAUGUAUUCUUGAAGAUUGGUGAACUAUCUGAACAUGAUGAUAGUAAACAUGCUCUCACCGCUGCAGCAUCUAGAACAGUGCAAAAUGGUAGAAAUGGCCACCUACAACCUCGCAAACUUGCCACAGGAUUGAAGUUGUAUUUGAACCAGCUAAGAGGGUUGUUAAACAAACGAAUGAUUUACACGUACAGGCGACCAAUUUUAUACAUUGUCAUGAUGUUGGUCCCAAUAGGAAUGGCUCUCUUCAAUGUGUUAUCUCUUAACGCGGUUGAAACUCGACGAAGCAAUAAUCCUCCUUUAUCCCUUAGCCUAGGAGCAUAUACAGAUCCUACAACUUUCAUUGGAACAGAUAAUAUGUCCCAAGAUAUGGCCUAUAUUUUUGGGAACAACACUGCCAGAUUUGGGAAAACAGUUUACUCUCCAAAUGUAUCAGAAAGCAUCAUUACUGGAGUAGAUGGAACUGAAGGAAUGGCUGUAUAUAAGGAUUCCUACAUAAUAGCUGGAGAGUUCAACGAGGUGACCGAACUAUAUAUUCUACCUGAUACGCCAGGACUUCCUUGGAAGGGUCUAUUCGCCACAGGGAUCUACAACAGUAUUCCUAUUCAUAGUAAACCCUUAGCACAGUUAGAACUCAGCAAUUCUGUUCUUGGAUAUCUUGAAAGGAAUUCUCAAAUUAAACAUUCCAUUGAAGUUACCACACACCCUCUCCCAGAGAGCAAACAGGAUGAAUUUGAGAACAUAUCCAGCGGUCAGAAUACUUUUGCUAUAUUUGGUUACGGUAUUGUUAUUCCAAUUGGCCUUUCUAUCCUGGUUUCUGCUUUUCUGAUAUUCCCUCUGAAUGAGCGUGCAACAAGUGCUAAGCAAGUUCAGAUUAUGGCCGGACUAUCUCCAGGAUUGUUCUGGUUGUCCAACCUGCUCUGGGAUGUCCUCCUCUACCUGCUCUCCGCCCUCGUCAUGUUUGGAUUGAUCCUAGCAGUGGACACUAACGAGACUCUUACCAACCAUGGAGCACCAGGAGCGUUUCUGUUAAUCCUCGUUUUUCUUGGAUUCUUUGGAAUCCCGUUCUCCUACGCGGCAAGCUUUGCAUUCUCAACAGCAGCUGGAGGAUUUUCAUUUUUGAUAAUCGUGAAUAUUCUGGCUGGGUCUAUAGCGUCUACAGCUGUUUAUCUGCUCCGUCUGUUUGGAGAGGUCGGUAGUGAGAACCUUACACUAGCUUCAGAUAUUGUCAGAUGGAUAUUUACCUGGUUUCCAAUUUUUCCAUUCUCCAGAAUAUGCGAUAAAAAGAUCAGCAAAGAAAUCCUGACUGCUGCAUGUUCUACCGCGAAGGAGUCUCCUGCCCUCCUUCAGUCUCCACAGAUCAGAAACUAUUUACAAUGCUGUAUGGAGUACUUAGUUGGUGAAGAGAAUGUGAUGUGUGAUGUACCAUUGAUUGUACCCAUUACUCCCAGUGUUACAGCUUUAAACAUCACUAUACCUUGUCAUACGAUUAAAUCAUUCUACACUUGGGACCCGUUGCAGGGGAUAAAUACUGAUCUUGUAAUGCUGGUUAUAGAUGGGGUUCUUCUAUUCGCGUUGUUAGUUCUGAUUGAGACCAGAUUAUUGCCAAGAUUAAUUGAAAAGAUUAAGGGCAUGAGCAUAGUUUCCGGAUGUUGGUACAAGAUACCGGAAACAAGUUAUCUAUUGGACGAUGACGUUUUGGACGAACAGGAAAGAGUUUGUAAACUUCGUGGAGAAGACUUGAUGACCGUGAUCAAUCUUCAGAAAAAAUUUAGAAAGCUUCAUGCCGUCCAGGGGUUGAGUUUUGGAAUUCGCCAGGGAGAAUGCUUUGGACUUUUAGGAAUUAACGGGGCAGGAAAAACGACGACAUUUCGUAUGCUAACCGGUGACGAGGCCCCAACUGAAGGUCUGGCAAUGCUCAUGGGAACAAGUUCUACUGAUAGAAGCAAAUUUCUCAGAAAUAUUGGAUACUGUCCCCAGUUUGAUUCUAUUAUCCCGGAACUGACCGGAAGAGAGCUUCUCACCCUAAUGUGUAGGAUACGAGGAGUACCCUCCGAAUCUACGAAGGCGGAAGUUCAGCGAUGGACGGACUUUUUGGGAAUUCAAGAAUAUAUAAACAGGGAGUCUGGAAGCUAUAGUGGUGGAAACAAAAGAAAGUUGAAUGUAGCAAUGUCACUGGUUGGAGAACCACCAAUUAUAUUCCUAGAUGAACCAAGUACAGGGGUUGAUCCUGUUGCAAGAAGGAAUCUUUGGAAUAUCAUCCAGGGAAUUCAAGCAAAUGGUCAGGCAGUAGUACUCACUUCUCAUAGCAUGGAAGAAUGUGAGGCGUUGUGUGACCGUUUAGGGAUAAUGGUCAACGGUCAAUUUCAAUGUUUUGGAACAGUUAAUCACCUGAAGAAUAAGUUUGCCCAAGGAUUUACUCUGUUAAUCAAGCUCACACUUGCAGAGGAGGAUAUUGCUGAUUUGGUGGAAGAAGAAAUUAUCAAAAAAGUUAGACUUGCUUUUGUCAGUGCUUCCCUCAAAGACAGACAUAGA